UUUCUUUACCAGCAAAUGUUUAUCCAGUCAAAAGAUUUUAUGAAAAUCUUAGGACAGUAAACACUACUAAACAGAGUUACAGAAUGUCUCCAUGGCUGUGGUAGGUGCGUGUUAUUUUCGCUCGUUUGGUGCGCGUGCCGGCCAACGACUUCUCUCGUUUUAGCUUUUUCGUUUAAUUGUGAUGAGAACUGAGACUCCAUAGAUACUACUACUAGAAGUAUCUUUUGAUUCUCUCUCUCUCUCUCUCUCUCUGUGACAAUGGAGAUUGGACUCCUCAACUCUCUCUGGCAGCAAACACUUAGAAGCCUAUGUUCGUGUUCAGAUUCUUCCAGUUCCUCUAAGUGGGUGUACGCUGUUUUCUGGAGGAUACUGCCUCGGAAUUUCCCACCACCUAAAUGGGAAUGUGGAGGGGGCGCUCUUGAUCGCUCCAAAGGAAACAAAAGGAAUUGGAUUCUAGUGUGGGAAGAUGGGUUCUGUGAUUUCUUUGAAUGUGAGCGAACCGGCAGUGGUUACAGAAAGGGGAGGUUUGGGGCUGAUGUCUUCUUCAAAAUGUCUCAUGAGGUGUACAAUUUUGGAGAAGGAUUACUGGGGAAAGUUGCAGCAGAUAAUAGUCACAAAUGGGUGUUUAAAAAUGCCCCAAAUGAUGGUGAUCCUAGCUUUAUCUCCUCGUGGAAUGUCUCCAUUGAUCCUCAACCAAGAGCAUGGGAGUUUCACUUCAAUUCAGGCAUUCAGACAAUUGCCGUCAUUUCUGUUAGAGAAGGCAUAGUUCAACUUGGCUCUUUUGAUAAGAUUGUGGAAGAUCUCAAUCUGGUGAUCAGCAUACAGAGGAAGUUCUGCUAUCUCCAAAGCAUUCCAGGGAUCUUCGCCAUCCAAAGACCAAACCUUCCUAUCCAACAUCCAUACGUUCUCAAACCCAAUACCCAUAUGAUAAAAAGCCAUGAAACAACUUUCUCAUUGUACAACAAUCGCCCAUUAACCGGAGUGAAGAGACUGUUGGAGGAAAAACCUGACUAUUCUCCCUUAAAGUUGAUCAACUUGGGCUGGAACACUCCACAAAACAGCGUUUCAGGACCAUCCAUUUCACCUACUAUGUCUUGCUGCCUUGGAGCACUGCUUGCAAAGCUACCUACUGUAAUUCCCUCUCUUAACGCCAUCGAAGCUCCAGACACAUCCCUGCUGGGCAACAACAUCAACAGCACGAACCAGAGUGUUCAGUUUGACAAUGAUGGCAUUCAGAUAACCGACAUAAAACUGGAGUCUUCAUGUCAUAUGGAUGGUGCUCAAGAAGAAAAACCCUUUUCCAUAAACCAUAAUUUAGAGCUAGGAAAUGGUUUGGUGAUGGAGUUGGGAUUUAGACCACCAACAGAGGAAGAAAGUGCCUCAAAUCUCAAUUAAUUAGCAUACCCAAGUUGCAUUUAUUGUCAGGAAAAGAUUGCUUAGCUUUGGUCUGCUGGUCGGUAGCUCGCUCCUUGUCAUUUGAUUGUGCACCAGUUUGCUUUUUGUGCAUAAAACUUAGUAUAAUGUAACAGAAUAAGUCCAUAAACCCCUCAAAUUUAAUACCAUUUUGUC